UUGAGCUUGGGGCCACAAUUCAGAGCUAACAGAGUCACAGAGUAGUUCAGUGGCAAUUUUAUAUACCUUAUUUUUUCUAGAAACGAACAAAAUUUAAAGUAAACUAAAUUCAGCUUAUCUCCAUUGUGCUUCACUUUUCUGCUAAACAUGUCGAAGGCGACAAAGCUGCGAUUCGCACUGAUCACCGAGGAUGUGCUGGACAAGUUGAGGCCGCGCUCACAGUCGGAAAAUGUACGAACAAAUUACAUGAACGAAAUAAGUGUGGCCAUUAGGAUGGCGGUCAACGAAGUUUUGGACGAGAAGAUGCAGCAGCUGAAUGAUACAGUUAAUCGAAUGGUUGAGGAGCGGGUGAGCAAAAUUCUGGAGAACCACUUGAUUAAGGGGUCGUUGGCAGGGCGCAGUAGCUCAGCAGGAAGAAAAAGGGAUUUGGAUCAUAAGGAAAGCAAGGGAGCAAGGUUUGCUGCUCCAGCCGCAUCUAUUAGUUCCCUAAAAGUUUCCAAUAUCAAGCGUGGCCGAAACAAGAGGCAAAAUCCCAGCAAGGACCAUGUGACCUUCGCCUCCGACGAUCAGUUGACUAGGAGGCCUAGAAGCAAGGCGCAGAAAAUCACUGUAAUGCCCAUCCAUCGCGAGAGCCAGGUGAAGAGUACUCCCUCGAACGGCGACAGCAACCAUAACAACACACCGAUGACGACACCUCCACCACCACUUAGCACGGAUAACAAUAAGCUGGAUGAGGACGACUACUAUAACUUCUCUGAUGUGGAGGAACCCUCGAUCCUAAGCAUGGCUGCCAAAUAUCUCAAGAAACUCGAGGAUGUCCGCCGUCGAAAGCACUCGGCGCAAUAGCUUAGGUAGCCUGUACUUCAAACUUUCGUAGAUACUCCUUCGUAUUUCUUUCCUCGUCAACUCAAUUUUCAAAGUGAGCGUACAUAUACCAUUAAACAAUGGAUUCGGUAAAAAAAAAACUAAAUAAAUGAACCGAGUAAAAUAA